AUGGAUCAGCCGCUCGCAUGCGACAUUCCGUCGUUGGCUCAGCUGGGACUGAUGGACCAUCUGGCAGGUGAUCCCUUCCAGAGCCUGAGAGGCGAAGGGUCCGAAGGCUCGAUCAUCGGGCCUGCGACCCUCAUGCUGUGCUGCGUGUGCUGCUGCUUGAGCUUGCUGAUCGCGUACAUCAUCUGGGCGCUCGUGACCAUCUUCGUGACCUUCGGGCGAGUCUACAUCGAGCGCGUGCGGGCGAGCUACAACAUCUGGGCUUUCUGUCUCACAGCGGUGGUGAUCAUGCCUUUGAUCGGGUUCAUCAUCUCGUUGACGAGGAACAACAGAGAAGGAGCGUCGAUCCUGCAGUUUGCGCUAGCGAUGGUGAACCUGGGCAUCUCGGUGUGGGGCAUGUGGCUUUGGGCGUCGAUCAGCAACAACUGCUGGACGUACUUCGAGAGCAGCUUCUGGGAUCUGGCGCUGCUGUUCAAGAUCAACGUCAUCUUGCUUGCGAUUACGUUUUUCAUGACGCUCUGCGUGAUGUGCAUGGGGAUCAUGUUUCUCGGGUCGUCGAUCCCAGGGUCGACGGACAGCGGAUACCAGCGGAUGCCGAACGAAGACGAUGACAAGGACGAGGCUUUGCGGUCAGCAGCGUCAGCGGGCAAGACAGACGAGGUGUGGCGGCACUGUGCGGCAUCAAGCGGGAGGAAGGAGAUCGUGGAGAUCCUCGUAGCGGCGGGGGCGGACAUUGACGCGGAGACUCAAGACGGGGAGACGCCGCUACGGCUGGCGAACGGACAUCCUGACGUGGAGGACAUCCUGCGGUCGCUGGGGGCGAGAGACAGCAUGGCGAACGCACAGGCGGCGACUCAAGAGUUCGUGUAA